UCAGUAACAGACCUUCGCAACUCAUUGGCCAGCAAUGUGGCCUUCUCCGUGAGACCGUUAAGGAAGUCGACCAAAAGCCCCGCGUCCGAAAUAGACAGUACGGGUGUGACUUCACUCAUCACUUUCUCGAACGCCAACAUAAGCUCGCCCUUUUUCUUCUCGGUUUUAUACGCAUCUAGAAGUAGUGGAUACUUCUCCUCGUACUUCACGAAUUUUUUCAAUUUUGCCCGAACCACAGGAGGC